AUGAGACGGGCGAGGGAGCAAAACGGGCGAAGAAGGGCUUUUCAGUCGGUCCUGCUAACCUGCCAGACGGCACAUAUCGACGCAAAGAGUAUAGUCCAGAAGAUCAAGGCCGAUUUGAUCCACAAGGCCAAGUUGAAGAAGUCGUAUGAGAAGAUCAAGGCCCGCGAGCUCGCUUCGACUCCGGUCAAGUCUAUCUACGAGACACAAAACGACGAUGACGGUGGCAACGAAGACUCGAGGCCUGCAGAGGAGCCUGCAGAGGAACCUGCCAGUCUCGAGCUACAUCCAGACAGACAGGCCAUGGUAGCCUCCCACAACGACGAGCAGUCAGAAGAAAGGCCGAAACGGCCGUCAAGACGGAGAGACAGGACGCAGGAUGAACAUGACGGAGACAGUCGACCACACGGCAGGAGGCCACGCCGGGCCAAACCGUACCCCUUCACGAGGGAAGAGGAGGCCGCACAGAAACGGAUCGAGGAAGCGAAUGCUAGAGAGAAGCUGAGGCUGCAGAGGGAGAAAGAGAGAGCAGACAUGACGCGGGCAAAGAGGCCCGAUCAGUUCGGGAAGAGGAGACUGGGCCGCGAGAGCAAAGUGCUUCUGGACAAGGUCAAGAGGCUCGUAGGGACAGAGUGA